CCUCUCUCUCUCCGUCCGCAACAGCAGCAGCAGCAGCAACCACAAAGGAAGAGGAAGAAGAAGAAGGAGAAGAUCCAAGUGAGGAUCGGAGAGGGAGCAGGAAUCCCAAAUCCAAAGAGAUGGCGCGGAGCCCCUGCGACCUCCGCGUCCUCCUCCUCGCCGCCGCCGUAGCCUUCAUCUACAUCCAAGUCCGCCUUUUUGUUACUCAGUCCCACUACGCAGACCGCCUCGCACAAGCAGAAAAAUCCGAAAACCAAUGCACUGAUCAACUGCGCUCCUUGAUCGAUCAAGUCAGCACACAGCAGGAGAAGAUUGUAGCAUUGGAAGAGAUGAAGAUACGCCAAGACGAAGAACGUGUACACCUGAAGAUUUUAAUCCAAGAUCUGGAAAAGAGGAGCGUCCAGAACUUAGUAGACAACAAUGUGGUUCCUGUUGCUGCUGUAGUUGUAAUGGCUUGCAAUCGACCAGACUAUUUGGAGAGGACAGUUGAAUCUAUCCUGAAGUACCAGACAUCAAUGGCUUCAAAAUUUCCACUAUUUAUAUCUCAGGAUGGAACAAAUGGAGAAGUAAAGAAAAAGGCUUUGAGUUAUACUCAAGUAACAUAUAUGCAGCAUGUAGAUUUUGAACCUGUGCGCACUGAAAGGCCAGGAGAGUUGAUAGCAUAUUACAAGAUAGCUAAACAUUACAAAUGGGCCUUGGAUGAGCUAUUCAUCAAACAUAACUUUGCUCGAGUUAUAAUUCUGGAAGAUGACAUGGAGAUUGCCCCUGACUUUUUUGACUACUUUGAGGCUGCAGCUAAAUUACUUGAUAAUGAUAAGACAAUCAUGGCUGUUUCUUCCUGGAAUGACAAUGGACAAAAGCAAUUUGUUUAUGACCCAAAAGCUCUUUACCGCUCGGAUUUCUUUCCUGGGCUUGGAUGGAUGCUAACAAAGCCUACAUGGAUUGAGCUGUCACCGAAGUGGCCCAAAGCUUAUUGGGAUGAUUGGGUGAGGCUAAAAGAGGUACACAGAGACCGGCAAUUUAUUCGCCCGGAAGUCUGCAGAACAUACAAUUUUGGUGAACAUGGAUCAAGCAUGGGUCAAUUCUUCAAACAGUACUUGGAACCAAUCAGGCUAAAUGAUGCCCAUAUCAAAUGGAAUUCUGAGGACCUGAGCUACCUCAAGGAGGACAAGUUCCUGAUCCAAUUUGGAAAAGAUGUCUCUAGUGCCACCCCUCUCCUUGGCUCUGAUGCUGCCUUGAAAGCCCACAAUAUGGAUGUGGAUGUGAGGAUCCAGUACAACGAUCAGGAAGACUUUGAGCGGAUAGCUCGUCAAUUUGGAAUAUUUGAAGAAUGGAAGGAUGGCAUUCCAAGAACAGCGUAUAAAGGAGUAGUAGUCUUCAGGUACAAGAGUAGUCGAAGACGAAUAUAUCUGGUUGGUCCGAAUUCCCUUAGUCAGCUUGGGGUAUAGUAUUGUUGGGGUGGGAGGUUCGUUGAGAUACAUGCGCAGCACCUCACGUCCUCACCUGACCGCUGAUCGGAGCUGAGCUGACAUUUUACUGUAAAUGUGAUUCAUCACGUGA